CAUCCAUGGAGCCACAGCGGCAACAAGUGUUACGAUGAGCAGCAGUUGGUUGCUUCCCGGCCUUGUGUGAUAUGAUCCAAUCUGGCCAGAUCCUCCCUCGGCCCCUACCACUCCGCACAAAAUCCCACCUUUCCGUCACGGGAAGAGUCGACAGAGCAGCCAGCCACCGGAGGCGGAGAAGAAGAGAAGCGGUGCAUCGGCGAUGCGGGGCUGCUACGUGGGCAAGGCCACCAAGAUCUUCCUCGCCUUCCGCGCCGUCCUCGCGGUCGUCAGCGUCGUCCUCGCCUUCCGCGCCGUCCUCCACCGCGCCGCCAAGUCCCACCCCAGCUCCGCGUGCGCCGCCACCGAAGGCUGCCAGCCCGUCCUGCCCGACCCUAUCCAGCAGCCCGCUACCACCGCACGACCGCCGCCGCCGCCGGCUCAAAAUCCCACCUUUCCCGCCCCGGACACCGCCUUGCCGCCGCCGCCGUCGCCGCUGCUGCUGCCCCCUCUGCAGCCGCCGCCUCCGGCAGCAGUCUUGUCACCCCCACCGGCAUUCCCGUCACCUCCGCCAGAAAUCGCGUCGUCACCACCGGCACUCGCGUCACCGCCGCCUCCCGCCGAGCUGCUGUCGCCUCCUCCGCCUGCUGCCCCAGAGACGCCAAGCCCGACGGCGCCUUUAUGCUUCAUGCUGACUAUUCUUGACUGGCUCGGCCUCGGAGCAGAUUAG